UUGGCCUCGUCGCCAGUGCCGUAUGUCACUUUAAAAGGCCCUGCUUAAACAGUGUUUGCUAUUUUGAAAGAAUUGAACCACUUAUAUUGACCCACUGCCCUUCAAGCAGCGAAUUAUGCCUUGAUGAGUUAGAUUAGAAGCACUUUGUAGCUCGGAAAUUAUCCAUUCCAUGCUCCAUCAUUCAAAUAGCCAUUGCGUGCUUACAGUUAUUACCGUGAAGGAACAACCGAUCUUGAUCCUUUUUUUUUUGUUUGGCUUCAAAGGUGGAGACGUCAUCUGGAUCCCAUCUGUGCAUUAUUUAUUGUUGGUCACUUGGGCGAUGUCGCUUUUUCCGGUUCCCCAGGCUGCAAUAUUCAAUCCACAAGUCGGGCAUAAACUGCUCCUUAUUGCCCUGUUUCAAAUGCUUUUGAAACGGCGCUCUUCUCCUGGCUUUCACAAAUUCUUUUUAUUUUAUGAAUGCUAUAAAAAUAAAGUGAAGACACAACAUGAUAACAGCUAAUUAAUGUUAAAUUAUUUAAAGAAAUUUCGUUGGCACAAUUUCUUAUUCCAUGUAUAUCCUUCUGAGAUGCGAAAGCAAAUAGAAUGAUCAUUAAGCAAAGUAAUCGCGACGAAUUUCCACAGCAGAUGUUGUGUAUUUCUAAUUGAACUCAACAUCCAUCGUCUACAGCUGUACCAUGGGUGUGGUUAGAAUGGCAUGGGGGUGUGCCAGUUCUAACGUCUGAGGUAGAAGGUUCGAUCCAUUGGUAGAAAU